UACGCCUCGGUCAGGCCAGCAAGCCAUAUAAACCUUUUCUACCGACUUCUUAUUCUCCCCAAGAGGGCUACUUAAAGGAGGGUGAAGACAUGCUAAGCAUUAAAGAAUUAUGGCGGAAUGUGGCUGAUUAUUCAAAAAGGAAGGAAGAGAACCAUGAGCGACCCCAGACCACUCAGUUAGAUGAUGGCAGCAUUAGGGACACUCGGAAAGAGGGGCUUUUCCAGCACUUUUAUCAAGUGGUUCAGAAAGAACGUGACCGAGAAAGGCCUUCAGAUUGCGUCAUUGUUUAUAUCAACAACGAACAGAGGGAAUAUGCAACAGGCAUAGGUCAUCGGUUGCAGGAUCAUGACCUUGUGGUGGAAAUGAUUCACCUCUCCUCUGAGUCGAGCCUUAUUCUAAUGUAA